GAAUCAGCAUCGAGCAGUCCCUCCUCCUUUUCCACGCGAGGAAUGCUCGGCCGCAGCGCCGACGUCCCUCUCCCCUCCGGCUGGCUCCUCCCCCUUGCAAGCGGAGAAGGGACUGGGAUUUUUUUUUAUCCCCCCUCUCCACCCCACCCCCUCUCCACGUUUGCAGCUUUGGGAAGCUGGGAUUUCGACGGACGACCCCUUGACCUCUCCUCCUUGCGCCUCGCGCCUUGCUAUGGAAGGACCAGGAACGCCGCCCGGGCGGAGGAGGCACCGCCGCUGCUGCUCGCCGCUGCUGCUCGCCCUGCUGGUGAGCUGCGUGGCGUGUCAGGCUCCGCCGGUGCCGGCCGCGGAGCCACAAUGGGACGGCAAGGGUGUGCUGGUCGAGCGCAGUUACGUGCCCGAGCAGUGUCCUCGCACCGUCCGCUCCGGCGACUUUGUGCGCUACCAUUAUCACGGCACCUUCCCCGACGGCAGUAAAUUCGAUUCCAGCUAUGACAGAGGUUCCACAUUCAACGUGCUUGUGGGGAAAGGCCAGCUUAUUGCUGGAAUGGACAAAGCUCUGCUUGGCAUGUGUGUGAAUGAGAGGCGAUUUGUAAAAAUUCCACCUCAUCUUGGUUAUGGGAGUGAAGGUGUUUCUGGUGUAAUUCCUGCAAACUCAGUGCUUCAUUUUGAUGUGCUUUUGGUCGACCUUUGGAAUUCUGAAGACCAAGUUCAAAUUCAGACUUAUUACAAGCUAGAAAAUUGUACAAGAAUAGUUCAGGUGUCUGAUUUUGUAAGAUACCAUUACAAUGGGACAUUUCUAGAUGGAACGCUGUUUGACUCAAGUCACAAUAGAAUGCGGACAUAUGACACCUAUGUUGGAAUUGGUUGGCUAAUUCCUGGUAUGGACAAAGGUCUCCUUGGCAUGUGUGUAGGAGAAAAGCGUAUAGUCACAGUACCACCUUUCCUGGCAUAUGGAGAAGAUGGAGAUGGUAAAGAAAUUCCUGGUCAGGCUUCCCUCAUAUUUGACGUGGCUCUCCUAGAUCUCCACAACCCCAAGGACAGCAUCACAGUGGCAAAACAAUAUGUGCCUGAAUCAUGUGAGCGGAGAAGCCAAGUUGGGGACUUCCUCAGAUAUCAUUAUAAUGGUACACUUCUGGAUGGCACAUUGUUUGAUUCUAGUUAUUCACGGAACCGAACGUAUGAUACCUACAUUGGGAAAGGUUAUGUGAUUGCUGGGAUGGAUGAAGGCUUGCUUGGAGUAUGCACUGGAGAGAAGAGGAGAAUAACCAUCCCGCCCCACCUUGGGUACGGAGAAGAGGGAAGAGGAAAGAUUCCAGGAUCUGCUGUGCUGGUCUUUGACAUUCAUGUGAUAGACUUCCACAAUCCUUCAGACUCUGUUGCUAUUACAACCCAUUACAAACCUAGCAACUGCUCAGUACUGAGCAAGAAAGGCGAUUACUUGAAGUAUCACUACAAUGCCUCACUCUUAGAUGGCACUUUAUUAGACUCAACAUUUAGCCUUGGGAAAACCUAUAAUAUAGUGCUGGGUUCUGGACAAGUUGUAUUGGGAAUGGAUAUGGGUCUCAGAGAUAUGUGUGUUGGAGAGAAAAGAACAGUUAUCAUUCCACCUCAUCUUGGUUAUGGAGAGGCUGGAGUUGAAGGAGAAGUGCCUGGUAGCGCUGUAUUAGUUUUUGACAUCGAACUGCUUGACUUGGUGUCUGGUCUACCAGAAGGCUAUAUGUUUGUAUGGCAUGAUGUAGUCUCUCCAAAUCUCUUUGAAGAAAUUGACAUUGAUAAUAAUGGAGAGGUUCUUCUGGAAGAGUUCAGUGAUUACAUCCAUGAACAAGUCAAGUCUGGCAAAGGCAAGUUAGCUCCUGGUUUUGAUUCUGAAACAAUUGUGAAAAAUAUGUUCACCAAUCAGGACCGAAAUGGUGAUGGCAAGAUUACUGCAGAAGAAUUCAAACUGAAAGACCAAGAGCCACAGGGACAUGAUGAACUGUAGUUUUUUAAAAUUUGUGUUAAGCUAAAUUGCUGUCAGAACAUAUGCACCAUUAGUGGUUUGAAAUGAGUGUGUGCAUACUUAAAAGUGAGGGCAGUGGAAAUGAAUAUCCAUGUCUUCGUAUGUGUGAAGCAGGUUAAGGUAAGAGGGUAUAGUGGACAACUUUCUAUACGGCAUUUAUUGUGAAAUGUAAAAUGCCUCAAAAUGGUUUUUUUAACUGUAGUUUCAUAAAUCUUGUGACAUUUUUGAGAGGUGGUAUGGAAUUUUGAGUUUGAUACAAAAAUGUAAUUUCCGUUAAACUCCUGCAUCUUGGCAUGUUCUGUUACUCUCUAACCACAUACUGCUGUAUCAUAGUCACUGAAUAUAGACGGUAGAAGUGAGCUUAUGUCUGCUUUGUUUGGAAUACUCCUAGCUUAAACUUUCAUAAAUAUCCAUAGGCCAAGGCAAGGAGAGGAAAUUUGGUAUUAUGGGACCUCCUGCACUAUAUGGUUUUGAGAGCCAGAAUCCAAUCCAGAUGUCAUGUACCAUAAUCAGCUCUACUAGUAUUUAUGCUUCUUUAAGGAUUGUAAUUAAAGCUAUGAAUAUAAGCUAAUUACAAAAAGUGUACAGAAAAGGAUUAUCACUUUUUGCCUAUAUUUAAACUUAUCCAUUGAUUUUAAUGGGUCUACUCUUGAGUAUGACUAACAUUGGAUAUCAUGCCUAAAUUUGUCCUUUACCAAUACCUUGUAUGUAUAUUAUAAAAAAAGAGAGAAAUAAGGACUGUGCCAGAAAGAGAGAUGCAACAAUAUCUGUAACGGUAGAUUGUAACUGCAUACACAAACUACAGCUACUCCAUCUACUUUUUAUGCAGUGAGCAAUCUUCAACUGAAGAACUGUCCAUAAGUGGGCAUCAGAUUGAAUCUCAGGCCCCAUCUGUGUCUAUACAUUUUGUUGAUCUGGCUAAAUCUUGAACACAAAAGCAUAAAUUAGGUGAAAAAGUGAUUUCCAAAAGUACAAGGAGCAUAAAGCCACAGUAUUACUAAUAGAAAUGAACAAAGUGUCUUCUGCGGUGUAGUGAGACGUCCUUGAACUUUAGAAUGGUGCUAGUUUUAAAAUUAAGACACACCUUUUAAAAAUGUUUUAUAGUAAGGAAAAGUAUGUUUUUAUAUACUUUGCAAUAAUAAUGUAAUAAUAUUUGUCAAAUGUGAUACAUGCUGUUAUUUUUAUUAAAUAAAAUAUUGACAAACACA